AGUGACAGGUGAAAUCAGACGUGUUAGACAUUACUACUCUCGAAACAACGGAGGAACUACAGAGGAAGUUCGUCUAUACUGGUAGCUUCAUAUUAAUCUAAAACUACAUAAAAAGAGGCUGUCGUUAAGAAAGGACUUACUGCACUAUAUGGAAACAAAAAUAAACGGAAUUACAAUACUGCAAAUGCAUUUGCGCAAAGGAUGUAAAAAAAGAUGCUAAACGCACAGGUCACCAAAAAAGCAAACAUUAUCCUGAGGAAUAAUUAAUAAAAUAAUCGGAAUCCAUUGCAAAUGAAGCAACAUACUACGCAACAACUAUAAGGAGUUUACCAGGGCUAGCCCUGAGAGAAGCGAUCGUUGGAGUUUACCAGGGCUAACCCUGAGAGAAGCGAUCGGUGGAGUUUACCACGGCUAACCCUGAGAGAAGCGAUCGGUGGAUAUGCGCGUGUAUUUUUUAACUCGGCUGUAAACUGUUUUUAAACCCCAUUCUGUUUUGGAUUGAUUGUAUGAUUAUGUAAGAAAGUUAUAAGCAAGAAGGAUGGAAAUCCCUGUACAGAUGUCACCCAAUUCAUCAUACUGAAUUAAGGAAGAUGUAUAACCCUACAUUGGGGUAUUAAAUCAACCAAAAAAAAACAAAAAAAAAACAACGAUCCUAUAGAUUGUAUUUGUAUUUUUUUUUUUAAUAAAGGGGAUUUCCAGGAUGCAACAUAAUGACAAAUGUCAUCUCAGUGGAUAACAUUUUGUUUUGUUUUUGCUUUUUCAGAACUGAAAUAACUGCAAAUAAAUAACAGCACGUUUUUUUUUUAACUUUAUUUAGAAUCCAGAACAUAAGCAUUUUAUUCCCCUGGUUGAAAAUAAAUAAUUCUAACAGGUUUCUGUGUGCAGUUUGUGCGCUAAACGUGAAGGCGCCUCUAUCCAUGAACCAUACUAAGCAACCGUAUAAUGGCUAGCCGAAGUUGCUGCUGCUGCAGUUUGGGUCCAUUAAACGAGGAUAACGCGAGAUUCUUUCUGCUGGCACUCUUGAUCAUCCUCUACCUCCUCUGUGGUGCCGCUGUCUUUUCAGCUCUGGAGCAGCCGAAAGAAAAGCAGGCAAAAGAGAAGUGGGCGCAAAAGUUUGACAAUUUCACGCAAAAGUACAAUCUAAGCAGGGCUGAGCUAGUGAACUUCCUUCGGGAUUAUGAAGAAGCCAACGUUGCUGGGAUCCGUGUGGAUCACAUUCGACCUCGCUGGGAUUUUACUGGAGCGUUUUAUUUUGCGGGGACGGUGGUUUCAACUAUAGGAUUUGGAAUGACCACGCCUGCAACGAUUGGAGGGAAAAGCUUCCUGAUAUUUUAUGGCCUUAUCGGAUGUGCAGCUACCAUUCUGUUCUUUAACCUGUUCCUAGAACGCCUGAUCACGGUCUUGGCGUACAUCCUCAAGUUAUGCUACGAGAGGCAGCGGCGGUGGAAAGGUGGGAUGCCCCAGGACAACAGAAGGAACUCCGGCAGCUCAGAAGAGGGAGACAGCCUUGCUGGGUGGAAGCCCUCUGUUUAUUACGUCAUGCUCAUCCUGUGUGUGGCAGCCAUUAUCAUCUCCUGUUGUGCCUCUGCCAUGUACACGGACAUUGAGGGCUGGACCUAUUUUGACUCGCUUUAUUUCUGCUUUGUGGCCUUUAGCACAAUUGGGUUUGGGGAUCUGGUCAGCAGCCAACACAUGAGGUACGAGAACCAAAGCCUCUACAGGUUGGGUAAUUUUGUCUUCAUUCUCAUGGGGGUCUGUUGCAUUUACUCUUUAUUUAACGUCAUAUCCAUCGUUAUAAAGCAAAUUCUGAACUGGAUUUUAAGGAAGCUAGACUGCCGCUGCUGCCAUCGUUGUCGACGAAAGGUGUUCAGGUCUCGAAGGAACGUUGUGAUGCCUGGUAACUUCCGGAGCAGGCGGAAUAACUCCAUUGAGACAGACAUAAUCCACGAGAGCGAGACAGACGGCCGCAGGAUGUCUGGUGAGAUGAUCUCAAUGAAGGACUUCUUGGCUGCUAACAAGGUGUCCCUGGCCAUCAUGCAAAAGCAGCUUUCAGAGACAGCCAAUGGUAUUCCAAGGCAAUCAGGCUCCAACUCUCGACACAAUGGCUUUUCAGGGGGAGUAGGGGCCCUCGCAAUCAUGAACAAUAGACUGGCAGAGACCAGUGUUGACAGGUGACAAAUGUGUAACAUAUGGAAAUUGUACAUGAAGUAUAAUCUCAAAUCUUUAUCCACAACAUUCUCUAAAUGAAUCCAAAGGCACCUCUUGGCUGGCCUGGUCUUAUUUAUUUGUUUGUUUUUUCUUUAGCCUUAUGCACCAAAGCAAGUGAUGUCUUCAUGAACGAUCCACCUGGUUCCCUAUGAGUUUUUCCACGAUAAAGAUCAUAGAUUGAAUUAUAGCUUUAUAUAAUGGCAUCAUACAGAACAGACUUGAGAUCAGAAAGGGAUGAUAAACCAGGAGAUUAGUCAGUCUUUCUUCAUACAAUGUUUUCACAAGUCAUAAUCUUCGUAAUGGUACAACAUUACUCAAGGUACCCCACCUUCCCUCAUUUAUAAAUGAUAAACUAGUCUAGGGAUGAGGAGAACAGCACUUUGCUUUAUUAGUACUGGGUUGGGCCACCGUUUGCUGUGAUUACAGCCGUGACAAGAAGUAGCAGAGAUUCCACAAGGUGCUGGAAUAUGUCACAAGGGAUGUUAUCCAUUCUGUCAGUAAUGUUUCACGCUAUUGGUGCAGAGAGGAAGGCAAAGGAUAAUGGUCACAUUAUACUGUAUAGCUUCAUAUUGUCCUUCAGCUUGUUUCCCUGCAAACUAUAGCCAUCUUAUUAUUAUUAUUUAUUUUGCAUCUGAAACACCUGAUACACACAUAUAUACCUCAUAAUCGCACCAGUGAUAUAUUCCAAUUACAUCCUGCUGAUGUCAUUUUGGGUUGGGAAAGUUCUGAAAUGCUCUUUCUUGAAUUCUUUGUUUACUUGGUCAUAUUCUGUGAUAUCUGUCCUGGAAUAAAAUGUGAAAUAACUGAUUAUAAAAAUGGUACAUAUAUAAGGGUAUUUAGUGGUACUGAGUCAAAUAAUUAGUAUAGGUUACAGGUGUAUACCUACAUUAAUUACAUUAUCUUGCUGUCAAUUUUAAUAAAUUAAACAAAAUGUAUACAGAAGUAUACUUACUAUACUUGUAGUAUGUACACUAUGCAUUAUCAAUAACUUAUAAACCCUUGGUUAUGUUUGCAGUCCUGUGGCCUCAAAACCAGUUGGAGACUGAAGAGCAAAAAGAUGCUUUGGCAUGACUUUUAUUAUCUGUUCGGACAAAAUACUCUUAGUCUAGUCCAUAACAACAGAACAUAUAGAUAGCAACAAUGUACAUGUAGUAAUGGCACAAUUAAUCCCAGCAUAGUUCAACUACUGGACACUGCCAGUUACAGUUUAUAAUGAUGGCUGGUGUCAGUGGAUUGAGAUGCCCUUCAUCCUCUGCAGAGGUUAUUAUAAAAGGCUUUAUGAUUACAGGGCUUCAGUCGACUGUAAUGGCUUUCCUUUAUAGUCUGGGAGCCCUCGGUAAAAGAAGACAACAAAGACAUCUUUCCCACUGAGAGAAUGUUAUUGCUGGUUUUGCACUGUGGUUGUCCUGUAACCUGGAAUUCUCUUUCUUGAAGCCUCUAAUAAUUGCUUUCUGUCAUCUGGAAAAAAAAAAUCUUCAUGACAGCUGGAAACAGAUUAAUCACAUUUCACAUUAUAUGUGACAACUGUGAAUGUAGCUAACUCAGUGAUCACAUGACAUAGACUGAAGAAGUAGCGCAAUUAGGCAUGAUUGGAUUUGGGAGGUUAGGGUGGAUGAAGAAAAUGCUGUAAAGCAGUUUGUAUGUAUCUUCAGGGACUUCUUCAAUAUCUUACAAUACCGCCUAGUCAGUCUGUGCAGAUCCAUUUCGACCGUGACACCCUCUACCAUUCAGUUGCUAACCUGUGACCCUCCAGAGGUGAUAGGCUAGCUAAUUAGCCCACUGUGCCACAUAGCCCCCUUUGUGUUGUUACAUUAAUUCAAGGGGACAGGCUAAUUCAGAAUAGGAUGAUGAAUUUUAAAAAUGACCAUGUAGCCACCUAGUUAUCAUGCUGUAAAUGGUUCUCUUUUUAUAUGAGGGAAAGUCUUCCAGAGGAUCAUUAUCAUUCCUAUUACCGUACACCAUGCCAACGUUUUAACACUAGACCUCUCCUGCAGCACGAAUCAUUGCCUGAAUAGAUAAAGGCACCAGAAUAGAAAUUGAGAUGAUUACAGGUUUUAGCUACUUUCCAAUUAGUUUGUAUCAGAUUGCUUCAUUUUGUACCACCUCUUUUAAAGCUAGCAGAAUUCUCUGUGACUUUAUAACGAGCUAUAAUUUCAAUGACAAACAUUUUUGGAAUCUUUUAAAGAAAUACUGUGUAUUGACAUGAAUGAGAUGGCAAAUUCUGUUAGCUAAUCUGUGAUGUAUUGGAGUUAAACCGUUGAGAAACAUUGAAUUGGUUAGCUCUGUAAGUAUAAUCUGUAAGUACUAGUGCUUGAUGUCUCCACCUGUGAGAUUUCAAAGCACCACAAUGAAAACCUGACUUUAU